AUGGCUUCGGGAGCAAAUAAGAAGGUGGGGGCUGAAGGAGCCUCGUCGGAGAGUGGUGGCUCCGAGUCUGGAUCUGAAGGAAGACCGGUCAAUAAUUUUGAUAAUAACAAUACGAGGAAUGAUGACAAUGUUAUUAGUGGUGGUGAGAAGUUUGAGUAUUCUGGGUGGGUGUAUCAUCUAGGAGUCAAUUCAAUUGGGCAUGAGUAUUGCCACUUGCGGUUUCUCUUUAUACGAGGAAAGUAUGCGGAGAUGUACAAAAGAGAUCCCCAUGAUGAUCCUUCUGCUAAACCCAUCCGUAGGGGUGUCGUGGGGCACACUCUUAUGGUGGAAGAGUUAGGCCGUCGGAAGAUUAAUCUUAAUGAUUUUUAUAUACUAAGAUUUUACAAUCGGUUGGAUGAGACAAAAAAGGGAGAAAUUGCUUGUGACACAGCUGGUGACGCUCGAAAAUGGAUGGAAGCAUUUGAUCAUGCAAAGCAACAGGCAGCAUAUGAGCUUUCAAGACGUGGUAGUGCAAGAAACAAGCUGAACAUGGAGGAUGAGAUUAACCUUGAAAAACAUCGGCCGAGAGUACGAAGAUAUGCCCGUGGUUGGAAAAAGCUAAUAAGGAUAGGUCAAGGCCCAGAAAUGCUUUUGCGCCGGUCUUCAAGCUUGGGUGCUGGUGGUAGACCGGAUGCAUAUUUUGAUGCAGAUAGCGGAGAUGUAGUUGAAGCACAUCAAUGGAAAUGUGUUCGUACAAUGGGUGGUGUGAGGAUUUUUGAAGAUGUCUCCAACUCUAAGAAUGGUAAAGGCAUCUUGGUCAAAGCUGUUGGUGUUGUUGAUGCGAAUGCAGAUACUGUAUUCGAAAUUGUGUUGAGUCUUGAUCGAAAUAAGAGAUACGAGUGGGAUACAAUAACAGGUGACUUGGAGAUGCUUGAUUCUGUAAAUGGACACUAUGAUGUUGUGUAUGGGACAUUUAAUCCAAGAUAUUUGACUUGGUGGCAGUCAAAAAGAGAUUUUAUUUUUUCAAGGCAAUGGUUUCGAGGACAAGAUGGAACAUAUACAAUCCUGCAGUUUCCUUGUGAACACAAAAAACGGCCUUCGAGAUCUGGUUAUGAACGCACAAUAAUCAGCCCUUCUACUUGGGAGAUCAGUAAUUUAAGCACGUCUUCAUCAUCAAAUACUGCCAGAUGUCUGGUUACACAAAUGCUAGAGAUAAGCCCUAGAGGUUGGCUUAAAUGGAGGAAUAAUGAUAGCCAGAAAUUUGAAAAGACUGUUCCCUAUGCAUUGUUGAGUCAAGUGGCAGGUCUGAAGGAAUAUGUUGGAGCAAAUCCAGCACUUACAUCUGUAUCAUCUACCUCAUUUGUUCAAUCAAAAAUAUCUCAUGUUUCUUCGUCCAGUAGUGAAUUUGAGGAUGCAGAAAUGGCAGAUGAGUUCUAUGACGCAAUUUCUACUGAUUCAUCAUCAGAAGACGAGGAUGAUGACAAUGACAUGGAAGUCAAUAAGGUCAAAAAGAUUAAACUGAAGAACGUUUCAUGGGCUAUAGCAAGCUUGGCACUAAAGCGAACUUCAGCCCCAGAUACAAACAAGGAAUUAAACUCCCGUGAACCCCCAAUCAAUCUUGAGCCAAGUCAAUUUUAUGGAUCCAUGAGGAGAGCAAAGGAUGAAGGUGAUAAAAAUUGUUGGUCUUCUCCAGAUGGUACAGGAUUCAUGAUCAGAGGGAAGACCUAUUUGAAAGAUAACACCAAGGUAAAAGGAGGAGAACCUCUUCUCAAGCUCAUAGCAGUUGACUGGUUCAAGGUGGACAAUUCUGCAACAAAGGUUGCAUUGCAUCCUAAAAGCCUUGUUCAGAAUGAUGCAGGAAAAAAACUUCCAUUCGUCCUUGUUAUCAAUCUUGAGGUCCCAGCCAAACCGAACUACAGCCUGGUUCUCUAUUAUGCUGCAGAUAGGCCUGUAAAUAAUACUUCUUUGUUGGGUAAAUUUGCUAAUGGAACUGACCUGUUUCGUGAUUCAAGAUUCAAACUUAUUCCCAGCAUUGCUGAGGGAUACUGGAUGGUCAAGCGUGCAGUUGGAACAAAAGCUUGCAAGCUAGGAAAAGCAGUAACUUGCAAAUACCUUCGGCAAGAUAAUUUUCUGGAGAUUGAUAUAGAUAUUGGCUCAUCAUCUGUAGCAAGGAGCGUCAUUGGCCUUGUCCUUGGAUACAUUACAAGCAUUGUUGUCGAUCUUGCAAUAGUUAUAGAGGCUCAGGAAGAGGAAGAACUCCCCGAGUACAUCCUUGGAACCGUUAGACUAAAUCAAGUGCGACCUGAAUCUGCUGUACCUUUGGAGGUUUGA